GUUCAAUCUCUGCUUCUAUUGCUUUUGCAAGUCACGCACACCUCCCAUCCACAAUCCGUCAUCAUGGAUGAGUCUGCUACCUCGGGGACCCGGCCCUACUAUUCCCACCUCAUCCAGCUCAACAAGGACAACGGCGCGGGCGACUGGCACCGCUGGCUGGUGGUCGCCGCCAGUCGCUCGGACAUGAUCACGUUCUUCAAGGGGCUGCAGAAAUACACCAAACAGAAGGACGCCAAGAUCACCGAGGUUAAGCCGGUGAAUCUUGCCUGGUGGAACUUCGACGCCCGGGAAGGCUUCAAUGUGAGGGAACUCGUCUGUCAGAUCUACCGGCUGAAUCCGUCGUGGUAUGGCAACAUCAAGGAGCUGAACGAUAGCCGGGGCAAGAUCUGUGUGACGGUGCAGGAUGAUGCGGGCGGGCGGCGCUGGCCGAUCCUGCCGCCCCAGGACACCUCCAUCGCUGGUAUCUUCUCGAGUGAUGAUGAUGUGUGAAUGCGUAACCAAGGCUGCGCGAUGUCUGUUGGCAUUUGAAUGAAUGGGCCUAGUCUACAUUGCCUCUGCCCGAAGAAGCUCGUUGUCUCGGUGCCU